CCGUUUCCUACAUGUAGAGGGGGCAAUCUUGACCCAAAGCCUUCCAAAUGGGUCAAUUUGGGUUGCUUUUAAAAUUAUAUGGGUUGGUUUGGGUAAGAUAUUUUAACUAAAUGGGUCACAAUGGGUCACUUGAAAUUCCAUCUUAUUAUUUUCGGGUCAAAGCGGGUCGACAACAUUAAAGAAAUGGGUCGAUGUGGGUUAGUGUCUUAAAGAAUCGGGGUAGGUUUCGGAUCGGAAUGGGUUCAGUUCAAAUUGAGUUUCGGGCCGAGACGGGUUUCGGCACGACGCAGGUUUUGGAUCGGAACAGGGUCGGUUCGGGUCGGGUUUCGGGCUGACACGGGUUUCUGCAUGGGACGGGUUUCGGAUCGCAACGGGUUUUGGGCCGACUCAAGUUUCUCCACGAGACGAGUUUUGGGUCAGAACUAUUUUCAUACCGUUUCGACGCGAACCGUUUCGACGCGUACCGUUUCGACGAGAACCGUUUCGACCCGUACCGUUUCGACCAGUACCGUUUCGACGGGAACCGUUUCGACCCGUACCGUUUCGACCAGCACCGUUUCAAAUCGAACCGUUUUGACCAGUACCGUUUUGACCAGUCGCGUUUCGACCUGUACCGUUUCGAAUCGAACCGUUUCGACCCGUACCGUUUCGAAUCGAACCGUUUCGACGCGUACCGUUUCGACGCGAACCGUUUCGACCCGUACCGUUUCAACCAGUACCGUUUCAAAUCGAACCGUUUCGACGCGAACUGUUUCGACCAGUACCUUUUCGUAUCGAACCGUUUCGACCUGUACCGUUUCGAAUCGAACCGUUUCGAUCUCAUGUGAUUAUAGUUUUACUUGUUACAGGAAAAACAUAUCGUUUUGUGUACACAUUGUUCGCAUUUUCACAAGUUUAAACGUCAGAAUUAAUUCAAAACCAUAAUUUGCUUCUUGUAGAAAUAGAAGGUUCGUACACACUACAAAAGAACUACACAAACAUGGAUAUUCUUGUUGACCAAUCAUAUUCUUUCUUAAUGACCAUGUCUCAAACUGGAAGCAAUGAUUAGUAAGGAGCCAUCUUGCAUAACCAAUCUAAAUUGCAUUUGCAUAUUAAUAGAAUUGUGUUUUUAUUUCUUUUGUUUUUAAAUUUUGCAAAUUGUCGUCAUUUAACAUUACGAAUACAAUUGUAUUUUUAUAGCCAACCCGACCCGAAACCCGUUCUGACCCGAACCCGUUCCGACCCGAACCCGUUCUGACCCGGACCCGUUUUGACCCGAACCCGUUUCGACCCGAACCAAAACAACCCUUUUUUUAAUUGACCCGUUUUGACCCGAACCCGUUUCGACCCGAACCCGUUUUGACCCAUGACCCGAUCCGACCCGACCCGACCCGUUUGCCAGGUCUACCUACAUGGAUAGAUUCUUAUCCACAAAUGUUGUUAACGUGAAGAGUGUUUCGCUUCUUGGUCUUUCUUCACUGAUCAUUGCUGCGAAAUAUGAAGACACUUACCCACUGGAUGCUGAAGAUUUGUGCUGCUACUAUGCGAAUAGUCACACAAAGCAAGACGUUUUGAAAAUGGAAGCCGAUGUCCUCAAAGCGCUCAACUUUGAAAUGGGCUCUCCCACAGUCAAAUCAUUCCUGAGAAGAUUGACGGACGUUGCUCAAGAGGAUUAUGAAACACCCGAUUCGCUGGUGGAGUUCUUGAGUUAUUAUUUGGCUGAGUUAAGCUUGUUAGAAUACGGCUGCCUCAAGUUUUUACCUUCUUUGGUAGCUGCAUCUGUUACCUUUCUUGCAAGAUUCACACUCAGACCAACAUCACAUCCGUGGAAUCUGUCUCUGGAGCAAGUCUCCGGUUAUAAGCCAUCAGACUUGAAAGAAUGUGUUCAAAUUUUACAUUAUUCGCAAUUAAAUAGACCAACAGGCAAUAUGGUGGCGCUUACAGAAAAAUACAAGAAACAUAAGUACAAAUGUGUGUCGGAGUUGGCAUCUCCAUCUGUAAUACCAGUCUCCUUCUUUGAAGAUGACAUCUAACAUGGUGAUGUGAAUGAAAAUGCGGAAGUAAUCACACCAGAAGAUAUCAAGAUCAAAGGGAUUAUGAAAAAACAAGAUGAGAAUCAACUGCUUCAGCUUGUUAUUGAUCAACACUCGUGAACGAUUACAAGAGAAUUGAAAUUGAAAAUGAAACUGAAUGAA